AUGUAUCUGAAAAUCUCAUUUCCCAGUUUGAACGAACUGCAGAAGUUCAAAAGAGAAAUAGCACCAAUAUUGCGCAAAAAUCAGGAGAGGGAGAAGAAAACUACUUCUUAUACCACUCUUCUUGCAAGGCAUUUUGGCGCUGAAGAAGUGCUGACGGAUGAGGGCGGAAUAAUGGAAAAAAUCAUCGAUUUGAGGGAGCACGAUUUGCUGUAUCACAUGCGAGUAUGCAUUGAUUUGGAAAUAUUUGUUGGUGUUUGGUACUCCGUAACUGGCCGAGAUUUGGACCGAAAACCGGCAAUAAAACGGCAUCCAACACUCAUUGAUCCACCGGAACCGGUUAUUCUGGCUUAUGAUAUAGAAGUGACGAAAAUGCCGUUGAAGUUCCCGGAUAGCUCGUUCGAUGAAAUUAUGAUGAUCUCAUAUAUGGUGAAUGGAAUUGGCUUCCUGAUCAUCAAUCGGCACAUUGUUUCCGCAGACAUUGACAAUUUCGAGUACACACCAAAACCGGAAUAUAAGGGCAUGUUCCGAGUGAUAAAUUUGCCCACCGAGGAAGCUGUUAUCAAAUAUUUCUUUGAUCAUAUUCUUCGAUUGCGUCCUUCCAUUUUCGUCACUUACAACGGCGAUUCAUUCGAUUGGCCUUUUUUGGAAGCAAGAGCUGCAAUAUACGGGUACAUUAUGCUCAAAGAAAUUGGUUUUUCGAAAAAUCCGGCCGACGAAUACAGAAGUCCAAAUGCCGUUCAUCUUGAUGCUUUUAAGUAA